AUGGAGAAAACUAUCAACGUCUUCGGUCGCGGCACACCCGCUGGCGAGGCAAUUUACCGCUGCUAUGUUGCCCCCUCCAAACCCAGCACGCUCGACCCUGAGCUCGCAGCCCUGCUGGCGCGUCGACGCCAAGAGCGGGAGGUCGCCGAGGCAGCUCAGGUGCACCCGAAGCCUAUUCCAAAGUCGAAGGCGCCGGUCCACCGGCCCCGUGUUGGUCUGAGAAGGCGGCCAACCGAGGAGGAAUACGCGCGCUGGCGGUUGAGCAAUAUCUCGCAUCGCCGCUCCAAGGCUGCCAUAGAGGCAGAAGAGGAGGCGCGUAGAGGGAUACCGCAGUCCGUCAACGACCGCUUCACCCGCCCGGCUAUCACGGACGCCGAGAAGGAUCGGCUGGCGGAUGUCAUGGCCUACGGUGCUGAACUGCCCAAGCCAAAGGAGUUCACCGGGGCGCAGCGAGUCCGCCUUCACCGCCUCAACCCGCGCGCUGAACUCGAAGAUCGGUUCGCGAGGUUGCGUCAGAUCGCACAGGAGGUGCAGAGCGAGCUCGCGCAGCUCCGACAGGGUAGCCUUGGUGUCGGCGCCUCCUCGCCCUCUGGCGGCAAUGCGGUUGAUGAUGUGCUUCAUGCUCAAGCGCGACUCUCCGAGCGCCGCUCUCGUGGAGAUGGCAACGACUCCGUCACCGCCUCUCCGCAUCCGCUGGUGACGGCCACUUCGCCUGGCGCCGCCGCCACCAGCGAUGUGCUCAACAUCGGUGGCACUCGUGUUGGCCGUCACGGCGGCAACCGCAUGAGCAAAAUUGAACAAUGCCAACGGGAACGGGAGCUGCAGAGCCACCUGGAUACGGUGAUUGCCGAAAUGGAGGCGGUAGACCGGGAGUUAAGCCGACUCCCCAUUUCCUCGUAG